UAUGUCGAGGAUGAGGUUGUGGUGAACGACGGUUCAUUUAAUUCAAUACAAUAUCGUAAGUUAAUAUGAUUCCCCUAUUCAAUUCAAGUUUCCUUGCCUUGAUGCAAUGCCAUUGGAGAAGUAAAAUUUUGAUGCCAAGCGUAAAUUUAGAUUCCAAAAUGGACCCAAAAUUCAAGCCUGCCACACGACUAUAGUUGCAUCAAAAAUAGCAUGAAGAGAAAAGUUUGCCAAUAGGAGUAAGGCAAUCUCACCUUAUCCACACUCUAAGCCACAAUCUCUUAUCCAAUUCAUCGUCUCCUUUUGCCACAUCACUCUUUAUCAGAUAUGCUCAAUCACAAAUCUAUUAUACUCUAAGACUCUUUGAAAAAGCCAAUUAAGCUUCUUUUUUUGUAGUAAACAAAGUCCCUUUUGCAGCAAUGGCAGCCAUGAACUCCAGCGUUUUGGCAUGCAACUAUGCUAUCUCAGGCAAUGGAUCGUCUGAGCUUAAUGCCAAGCUUGCUUCAGUUUCUUCAGCUGCUUCCCCAGUUCGGUCUGGUGGUCACAAGUUGCCUGUGAUCAGAGCCCAGCAGACUAAAGUUUCUGAUUCCAAAGAAUCAAGUGUUAGUGAAGGAAGAAGAGCUGCUAUGCUCUAUUUGGCAGCUACUCUUUUCACAACUGCUGCUGCUGCUUCUGCAGACGCUGGGGUCAUUGAUGAUUACCUUGAAAAGAGCAAAGCUAACAAGGAAUUGAAUGACAAGAAGAGGUUGGCCACAAGUGGAGCAAACUUUGCCAGAGCUUACACAGUUGAAUUUGGCAGCUGCAAGUUCCCUGAGAACUUUACUGGCUGCCAGGAUCUUGCAAAGCAAAAGUACCAUUCAUCUCUGAUGAUUUGGACUUGGAGUGUGAAGGAAAGGACAAAUACAAGUGUGGUUCCAAUGUUUUCUGGAAAUGGUGAAGAGAUCCAAAUGUAUUUUUCACUUAAACCGUCGACUCUACCUCAACUUGUAUCUAAUUUUCCCAUUUUAACAGACUUUCAUAUCCAUUUGUUUUCUUAUUUUUCUUUAUAUGUUUCUAUUAUAUUAACUUCCAUAUUUCCAUAUCCAAAUUUCAUCAGAGUAAUGCUGCAGAAACUAGUUAAAAGUUUCUAGAUGAAUCUUGGUUUUGCAGAUUUGAUGCAUGAUGAUGCUUGUUUUCAUAUAUUUUGGUUUGAUACCCCUGGCAUGUCCCAACUUACAGAUCUUCUAACCAUUUUUUCCCUCAGAUUGUAGUUCAAA